UGAUAGUCGAUAACAGGCUCUUCCUCUCUUAUCGAUCUUGUGAAGUAGUGACGGAGUGACGGGCUAAUUUUUCCUAACUCGGAUAAAUAUACGUGUAUUACGCUGUUGUUCUUGUUAAAUAACCUUAGUAUAUUAUAAUGUAUUGUGAAGGAUCUCGACUUUGGUCAUUAUUAUUAUUGUUUGACUGACGAUCUUAGAUAUUAUGACGUUUUGGUGUUGAUUCAAUUACGCUGUAUGAAAAGGAACACCAGUUGCGGUUGAGCAAACCAAAUACAUAACAUUCUAUUUCAUCAAUUUUAUCAUGGCUAAUAGCUAGGGGUUUUAAUACUUAAAUUACCAUUAUGACAUUUCUGUUCUAUAUUAAUUCCUAAAUUUUUGUUGAUAAAUCAAUACAAUAAUUUAUUAUUAGUACUAAAACAUAAAAUUAAUUAACUAUUUUGGUAUCGGAAAUCGUCGUGAGAUGGAUAGAACUCUAUAUGAAAAAAGACUUCUAAGGGAAUUGAAAUUAUUCGUGAAAGAACCUCCUCAAGGAAUGUUUGUAAAUGCUGAUCAAGCUGAAGAAAAUCUCAAAAUUUGGAUUGUAAACAUGAAAGGUGUUGAAGGUACUUUGUAUGACGGAGAACAGUUCCAGCUACAGUUCAAAUUUGAUACCAAUUAUCCUUUUGAAUCGCCCGAAGUUACAUUUAUAGGCCAAAACAUUCCAGUUCAUCCACAUGUGUACAGUAAUGGGCAUAUAUGUUUAUCUAUUCUUAAUACUGAUUGGUCACCAGCAUUAACUGCUCAGUCUGUCUGUCUUUCAAUUAUGUCUAUGUUAAGCAGCUGCAAAGAAAAGAAAAAACCUGUAGCUGAUCAUUUAUACGUACAACUUGGCAAAAGAAGUCCAAAAGAAACAAUGUGGUUUUAUCAUGAUGAUGGAGUGUGAAGUACUGAAUAUAAUUAUAUAUAUUUUCACAGUAUAGUCUCAUUUAGUGAAAAUUGGGACCAUAAUUUUAUUGCAGUUACUCACUUUAACUUAUUCUUUAAGAAUUAAGUCACAUAGAAUUGUGCUCAGAUCUUUUUAAGUGUAGAUUUGUUAACCAUAAAUCCCUAAAUAUAAUUAUUACCUUUUGAUUACUAUGCAUGCUAAUUAAUAUAACAUUAUGUAAACAAUUUUCAAGUUGACUAGGAUACAACAGUGUUUCUCAACUGGGAAGGUCACCAACUAAACAUAGGAAUCCCUAUACUAAAUAAAUUUAUUAUCAUGUUAUAUUAAAUUCAAUAACUAUGAUAAUUGAUCUAACAAAUUCUAUU